AUACCUCUGUCCAUCACCGCCGCGUACCAGUCUUUUUCCUCCUCCAAAAACCACCUCCUCCUCCGCAGCACACAGGUUUGCCAGACACCCACGAGCUGGCUUCGUGGACUGACUGCUCUUUCCCCACGACACCGCACUCCGCACCACAGCGCCCCAGCAUGGCGUGCAACCUCACCACCUCCGCCAUCCCGUCCCUCCUCCACUCCUAUGUCCCACAGUCCCUGCGGCCCUUUGUGACCUUGUCGUAUCCCAUCACAGACCCGCUCGCCCACCCGUCGGCGCAGACACUGUACGACAAGGGCCCGCGAGAUGCCUGCUUCGUGGUCUUCUGGGCGCUGGCAUUCACUGUGCUCCGGGAGGCGGCCAUGAAGGGUGUCUUCUCUCCCUUUAUGCGAAUAUGUCUGCCAAGCCCGCCGAGGGUCAAGGGACAGGAGAGAGAAUAUGCAAAGGCCAGGAAGAAGAGGGAGCAUACCGUCACGCGGUUUGCAGAGCAAGGUUGGAGCUGGCUGUAUUGCUCUAUAUAUUGGACGUUUGGCGUCAUUGUCCUCCGUCAAAAUGCCUCUCCAACAUCUCCCGAGCAGCUCUGGGGCACAUACCCGGUCAUCCCUCUCCCAGCACUUACCAAGUUUUACUAUCUCUCCCAGCUCGGUUGGUGGUUCCACCAGCUGCUCGUGAUCAACUGCGAGAAGCGAAGAAAAGACCACUGGCAGAUGUUUGGGCACCACAUCUUGACCAUUACUUUGAUUGUGGGGAGCUAUGCCAUGAACUUUACCUCGGUCGGUGUCCUUAUCCACUGUCUUAUGGACUUUUGCGACAUUCUCUUACCACUCGCCAAAAUGUUUCGCUAUCUCUCCUUCACCACUCUCUGCGACUUCACAUUCGUCGUCUUCCUCAUCUCAUGGUUCAUCACUCGACAAGUCGGUCUCUUCCUCGUCAUCCGCAGCACCUAUCUCGACUUGCCCAAAUUCAUCCCCUUUGAAUGGACUCCCGAACAAGGCCGAUUCCUUACCUACUGGACACACAUUGGCUUUGUCUCCAUGCUCUCCAUCCUCUGGAUCCUCGCGACCGCGUGGUUUUACAUGGCUUGCAUUGUCGCUAUCCGCGUGGUACGAGGUAUGGGUGCUGAAGACUCGAGAAGUGAUGAUGAGUCCGAAGAGGACGCGUUGGAGCAAGUGCCAGAGAGUGUAGGUACUUCAACUGCGAUCACAUCUGAAGCAGAAGAGGAUUUGCGAAAGCGAAAAUGAUUCUUCAGCGGGGGGGGGGGGUUAUGAUAGAUUUUUUUUUACCUGAGGAAGGUUUUCAAAAACAAAAAAAGAAAGGAUCAGUGUAUACCUCAAAAUAGAUUGGAAAAGUAUCCUCAGUAUCCUCCACUUUUUAACGCAGGGAUGAUUAUCACAUGCAUUAGACGUCAUAUGUAAAACAUGGAGUCUACUUGUAAGUGGUCAAGUGGCUAUACAGUCGUCUCCUUGGUCUUUUUGAACCUGGAAGUGAUUGAUUUGAAGCUACCAAGUCUUGCAGACGCAGCGGGAGUGCCUGGAGCGGGCGUCCUGGACAGUCUGCGACUUGUAGAUGGACCGGCAUCGGUAGGUGAGGGAGCAAAAUGGGCAUGUGGGUGGUUUGGGUCAUUCGCAUGGGUGGGGUGGUGGCUAUGAUGGGAAAGAGCAGAACGAGGUAAAGCCGGAUAGGGUAAUGGAGUUGGCUGGUAAAGCAAUGUGGGUGGGAGAGGUUUGGCUUCAGGUUGAGUAUAGUGUUGAUUCAAAGGGAUAUUGGGUGGCGUGGGACUGUAAAAAGGUUGAACAGAUUGCGGAGGGGCAGCAUUCACGCUUGGAGCGUAGGGAGCGCCCCGUCUGGAAUGCUUUGAGGGCGACGGACUGGCAUAGCGGUGUGAGACUUGGUCGUGGUGCAAAGGGGUAUAGUCCUGUGUGUCAUGGUGGACCGGAGGAGGAGCUUCGAUCGCUCGAGGAGUAUCUUCAACACGGCUCAUCGUUGGUUGUUGCGAUGAUCCAGUCAUGAUCAAGGACCGCCCAUUCGGACUGGGCCAAGUCAAUAAUUCACUAUACGGAACUUUUUGAUGUUACGUUGGACAUAACCAAACCGACUUACCCGACCAUCCUCCCGUUCGGCGCCAGCGCUGCAAACUUUGCAUCUAGCACGGCCGUCUCCUCUGCCGUCCAGGCCGUUCCCUUGCCCACCUGAAACUCGGUCAUACCGGUUGUAACACCGUUUACGGUAGUGGCAGAGGUCGAGACAGAGAAACCAAGAGAUCCAGAGCCUACUAUCUCUCCCGUCAGCGUCGUUGACUGAACCGCGUUUGAUUAGAGAACAUCAUCAUACUGCGAGAAAGAGCUCGAGAAGCUUCCUUUUUGAACGCCAUUUCCAUGUCUGGAGUCAGAGGACCGUUGUACUGAUAGUUUCGCCACUUGCGCAAACAAGGUGAGCCAGGCACUUUGCAUCAAGAUAGUCGACCUACGUGCAUAUUCCUCGCAGGGCUUUCGAAUAUCCUCGGCGCAAACAUGGCUGUGGGUAUAUGGCUGUCAGUGGCGAUUAGAGACAAGUGAGUACGUCGGCACAGCCCUCUCCAGCGGGCCAAUAUAUAGGAGCCAAAGGAGGUGUGUGUGAUAACGGCUUCCUGACGUCAAUGCGAACGUGCUGGAGGCUUCCACCGCGAGUCUCUCCUUUGGAUCCAUAGCAGCGAUGGAAGCAAAAAGGGAAACCCAAGCUAUAUAACCGAAUAACUGGGAAAACCCUACACGCGAGCGGGCGAGUCUCUCGACUGGUGCUGGCAAGGUUCGCGACAGCAGGUGCAUCGUGUGCAUCGCUGUUCUAUGCGUGCCAGGCCGGUCCUUUAGCUAGGACCGUGGUGUGCUGCUGCAAUGCUUGGUAUCAUGAUUACCAAAGCAAGACAGUGGCAGUCAGAAAUCUUUUGCUUCAGAAAUCCACUUCACCAGUCUCCAACGAGAUUCGAACAGCGUCCCCGUCCAGUAUGGUCCAGUGUCAGGGUCCUUUGUGCCGAGUACUGGGCCAUCGAUCUGGCACCGCCCGCGUGAUGGUAGCGCUCUUGUAAAACCACCUAUACAGGGUGGCAAAACCCCAGGGGCACACACAGCUGAGUGCACGGGCCCGUUUCUGUCCCGACGGCGAACAGCAGUUGAUGGGUGUCUCACUGCCAAUUGCCGGGUUCAGAGUAACCGCAGAGCGCAGUUGAAAUACUCAAGCGCGAGUAGGAAUAACAGAUCAUCUAAAGUACAUGCAUACAAGCAGUGGAAGGAUUAUGCAAGACAUACAUACCGACUCUCUAUCAGAAACCUUAUGUGAGUUGUCCGCUGGAGUAAAGACACAGAUAUCAGGAACACACAUACAGCACAUCCACGGCUCUCUCGUAAACCUCUGAUUUCCCCUAGGCAUUUCCGACAGGUGAAGUUGGCUCUUUAUGGCUUGACAGAACUACACGUUUGAGCUCUUCCAUCGCCUUCGCUUGUGUACGACUAAGCAGACAUAAGUUGAACUGAUCGUUCUUUUGAUAUGGACCACACUUACGACAUAUGUAACGCUUCUCCAACAUGAUGUAGUUCGUUAAUGAUGACGUCGACGUCCUCAGAAACUAGUUCACAAGCUGCUUCGCACA